AUGAUUCGCAAUUUCAAUGCUGAUGGGAAGCUUUCUACAAUUAUUGAUAGAAAUAGUGAAAGAAGGAAAUCGCUUAGUCUUGAUGAUGAGUAUCAUGACAAGGAACCAUUGCAUAGUUUAGAAUAUCAAUAUGAAAGUGCGACCAAGCUUCAUGAAGCAGAUGAUCCAGUAUCUACUUCAUCCGAAAGUAUACUUCAGUCUUUUGAAAAUGGUGAACUCAACUCAGAGCCACUAAUGACGAAGUUGGACCAAAUUCACAAUGCAGCACACAUCAGACUUCGGAGAAGAAAAAUAAAAGACCAUGAUAGAAUCGAAAUAAAUCCCUCCAAAGUAGAAAAGGAUAAAUUCAGGUCUGGAUUUGGGGACGUCAAGUUCUACUCUGUGCUGUCAACUAUUUUCGAUUCUGCUUCUUUUAAAAAUUCAGAAUUCUAUGGCAUAUAUUUACUUUUUUGGAUUGGAACAGGAUUUCUUAUGAUGAACAAUAUUGUCCAAUCGUAUUCUGAAACUAGUGAGGGAUUCUUUGAAACUGCAAUCAUGCGGACUUUAACUAAGGAUAUAGUAAAGAUUGGUUUUACUGACUUAGCGAUGUAUCUCGGUACAUAUUUUGCCUUUUUCCUUCAAUACGCAUGUCUGAGGGGCUGGGUUGCGUGGAACUCGAGUGGUUGGAUAAUUCAAUGUGUCUUCAACUUUAUCCAUUGCGCAUUCUGGCUUUAUUUUGCGUCUGAUCUGUGUAUGUCUUAUCCAUGGAUUGGUAAGGUGUUCUUGGUAUUACACAAUCUCGUAUUAAUUAUGAAAAUGCAUUCAUAUGCGUUUUAUAAUGGUUACUUGUGGAAAAUAUUGGAAGAGUUGGAAUUUUCAGAAAAUUAUUUACAGAAACUAACCGAUGGUUUGGUUAAGUUGCCUGAAAAGUAUGACUUGGAAAGAACAAAAGAGAUUUUAGAUGGUAGUGUUCGGUUUUGUAAGUUUGAAUUAGAAUACCAGUCAAGUGCAACUACCAUGUCUAGUGAGUCCCCAAUUGAAUCAUUCGAUUUGGAGGAUGAUAUCCAUGACUUACAGCAAAAGAACAUAGUGAAAUUUCCACAGAAUAUUAAUUUAUUUAAUUUCUUCGAAUACUCCAUGUUCCCUACGUUAGUAUAUACUUUGAAUUUCCCACGUACACGCAGGAUCAGAUGGUUGUAUGUUUUAGAAAAGACUUGCGGCGUCUUUGGAAUUAUAUUUCUUAUGAUUCUAGUGGCCCAGAAUUGGAUAUAUCCGAUUUUGCAACGUGCCAUAGCUAUACUGGACUUGCCUACUGAGGAAAAACGGAUCCGUGUCGUGUCUAUUUUCCUUGACAUGCUUCCUCCAUUUCUCCUAAUUUAUAUUCUUAAUUUCUUCUUGAUUUGGGAUACAAUUCUAAAUGCUAUUGCUGAGUUGAGUAGAUUUGCGGAUAGAGAUUUCUAUGGACCGUGGUGGUCAAGUGCCGACUGGGCAGAAUACUCCAGAAUCUGGAAUCGUCCAGUGCAUAAAUUCUUACUCAGACAUGUGUAUCAUUCAUCUAUUAGUUCAUUCAAUCUCAGCAGAUAUAAGGCUAUGUUAUGCACAUUUGUUUUCUCGAGUUUGGUGCACGAAUUAGUUAUGUAUGUUAUCUUCAAACGUUUUAGAUGCUAUAUAACAUUGUUGCAAAUGUCUCAGAUUCCUCAUAUCGCCUUGAGUAGCACAAAUUUUAUGAAAGAGAGAAGGAGAUUUGGCAACUUCAAUUCCUUGUUCGGUUUGGUUUUGGCUCCAGGCCUUGUUUGUACCCUUUAUUUAGUAUUUUAA